AUGCACCGUUACGCCGAAGCACUCGACGCUUACAAAGUGGCGGUCGCGUUGGAUCCGAACGAUGAGAUGAUUCAUCAUCAACUCGGAAAUGUCUAUAGCAAACGUGGUGAACGUUCAGCAGCGAUACAGCAUCAGCAACGUGCGAUUGCCAUUGCCCCAGAAUUCGCAGCUGCGCACUACCAGUUAGGGCUGCUCUACGCACAAGAAAAACGGUGGACUGACGCGAUAGCGUCGUAUCGGACCGCGUAUGCGCACGAUGAGACGUUAGUUGAGGCACUCUAUAAUCUCGCGCAAGCAUCCCUUCGCGCAGGGAAUCCGUCAGCCGCACGUGAGCAGAUGGCACUGUUUGAGAGGCGAAAAGCGGCACUAAUGCCGCUCCAGCAGUUGCGAGGCGCGUUGCAACGGGAGCAAGGGACAGCGGAACGCUCCCAGAUUCUCACCAACAUCGCGAGGCUCUAUCUUAAAAACGGGUUUUACGAGAAAGCGGUCUGGGAGUACCAGAAAGCACUUGGCAUGGCCCCCCAACUUGUGCUUGCUUAUAACGGUUUGGGUAUCGCUUAUACGAUGCUUGGGAAAGCACUCGGAAGCCGUUACUGCACAGCGGAAAGCAUUGGAACUCCAACCGAAUUUCGCAAAGGCAUACGCCGGACUCGGUUUGGCGUAUUUCAGUCAGAAUGA